UUCAAUAUCCUCUAAUUUUUUGUUUCUCACUUCAGCUUAUUAUAAAUAAAAACAGUGGAAGAUGGUGCGCGGCAUGCGCUAGUGCAACUCACUUUAUAUAUUAUAUUUUUAGCAAGGACUUCUCGAUUCCAUCGGUUAUGUUGAUAUGGUAGCGGUAAUUAAUGUGUAAGAAGGAUAGAAUUGAUGUUGCAUGGGACUGAGAGAAGAGCAAACAUGUCUUACGUCGAGCACGGGCCGCGAAUCUUUUUGGCUACUAAACACAAUUCAGGCACACCUCUGAUGUACGGUGAUUAUGUUUUACCGAAGAAACGUUUGGAAGGCCGGUUGAAGUUACACGAUUCCUGCCAAGACAUCAGAGCCUGGAGCCCGAACUCUUUAGAGAAGUCACGUUACUUCCGUGAACUUAGUGAAAACGAAUCCCCGAUAGGGAAGAUAAUACCGUUCAACGUCGUGAUUGAUAACAUAAUCCAGUUGAAUUCGCAAGCACAGAAUGAACUGCAAACUGUUAAAAAAGAGUUGCAGAAGUACAAAACUCUGGAACUCACUCCUCAGCAAAGGCAGCAAUUAAAGGAUCUCAAUUAUUCACCGAAAGCGAAAGAGUUGAUGAACAGAUCCAACUACACGACAGGACUUAUUAAAGACGCGUUCAAUAAUACUAGAACGUCGAAUUCUAUGGUCCGGUCAAAUUCGUGUUUCUCAAUUCAUAUACCCUGCGAAAGGCAUUUGUACGAUGAAACGAGGCAAAGGCCAGCUGCGAGGAAUCAAUCGAAUCAAUUAUACUCGUACUCUUUAACUGCGUUCGAUGUGGGUUCAUGUUUGAAUAACUACAAUUUGGUAUCCCCAUGCGGGCCUGCUAUGAAAUCGCUUCCUGUUGCUGAGUGUCGCGAGAAGAGGACAUCGUGCGUAGAAUGCAUCGAUGUAGAAGUCCAAGUGGGACGAGAAACACGUGAUGCAGAGACCCAAGUCUGUUACCAGUCUGACAUAAAGAAGAGGAAAAAAAGGAUAACUAUAUCUGUGAUCUCGCAAACGUCUUUCACGUCGAAAUCUAGCGAAGAUAAUAGCGCGAUGUAUCUGGACAAAAGUAGUUUACAAACUAAUAAUCAGGAGGAACAAAGUUCUGAAUGUGAUGCAUCUUGUAGCGACAGCUCCCAAGAUAUUGGAACCCCGUCGGAAUCUGAUAUUGAAAUGGGAGCAGAAUCGGAUUCUGAUCUGCAUAACAACGUGCAUAAAGGGAUUAUCAUUCAGAAGGAUUCUGAGAUCAUCGUUUUGAAAAAUGAGCUCUGUGUGAGAGACGCCGAGCUGGAAGAGUUACGUGAUAUGAAUAAACAUUUAGAAAUGUUGUUAAAAGAAAGAGAAGAUUGUAUACACGGUCAACAAGGAAAUCUCAAACAAAGAUUGCAAGAAGUGGAUCGACUAGCUGAGAAAGCCGAAGAUUAUAACAAGGCAGUGGAAGAAUUAAGGACGGUCUUAGAAGAAAGGGACGAGCUCCGUAAAGAGAAUUACGAACAGAAUUGUUUAUUAAAAAAUCAGGAAGAGAAAUUGAAUCAACUGGUAAAAGUAGUCAAAGAAAUGUCAGUUGCAUAUAAUGAACAGAUGGAGGAGAAGAAUAUGUACGAGCAGUUGAAACUGGAAGCUCGCGAUAAGGAUGCGAAAAUCUGUGAAUAUGAAGAGCAAUUGGUUUCUAUGAAGCAGGAGAUCAGCGAUUUCUUUAACAAUUUAAAAACUGCUUUGAACAAUUUGGAAGAGAUGAAUGACGUCUGCGAGGACAUUUGUAGUUGCACUACGUGCGACUUGGACAUCGGCGAAGAAGCGAAUAAUAUUCUAUAUAAUAUAAAUAUAAUCAUGACAAGGCUUCAGACUUACAAGACGGAGAGCCAGUAUCUUUUGCAACAGAUCGGAGACUUGAAAUAUUAUGUAGGGACUGACAAAGAAACCGAUCGUAAUCGAAACUUGAAAAGCAUUAUUUGCGAGGAUUUCUAUUUCGAUUCUGAAACGGAGUAUAAUAAGUAUAUUUGCAAAUUAAGCAGAAACGAUAUGGACGAAGUAGAGAGAGAAGUGAUCCAAUACUUCGCACGUUUCUUGAUCAAAUUACGCUCCCUUAUAAGCAAGCUGCAAAUAUAUGUAGAAUUCGAACGUCCAUUAAUGAUUAAGCAGACUUAUUAUUUUUAUGAAAUCCUUAAAGACACCCAAUCAGCCGUCAACGUUUCCGAAGAUGUAACAUUGAGGAGGCAGCUGCUUUCCGAUUUGUACAACCAACAUAAAGAGGAGCACGAGAGAUAUAACUCAUACGUGAAACAACUACCGAACGAUUUGUUGCAAGUACAGGACAAAAUAAACGAAUUUAUUGAAGACAUUUUGUAUCAGUUAUUAAACGAAAUGUUGCACGCGGAGAAGGAACAUUUGUAUGAUGAGAAAAUAAAUCAAGCAUUCGAGACACAUUUCAGAUCCUGCAUCAACAGGAUAGAUG